CCGAAAAUGGCCCGAAACGUUUACACACUGCGGCCUUGCUUCUGUUCUCUCGCGUCGUUCUCCCGUAGUCCCGUGCCCUCGCGUGCGCUCUAUCUGUUUCUGGUGGCGACGACUUGGCGGUCCCCGCUGCCGCCGUGCCCAGGCCUCUACUUCGGGACCUUCACCGGCGACGAGCACCCAUCGGGUUGCUUCGCAAAACUUCCAACAUCCAGGAUACAAUUAAUUACGAUUCCUUCAACUUUAUCUCGAUUUAUAGGAGGUUGCACAGAGCCCAUCCAACAGGGUGUCUCAGACAUACUGAUGGAUGGGGUGCCCAAUAUCCUUGAGAAAUCAUCACAUGAAUGCAUGUACUCUUGGUACUUCACCAGGGAAGAACUAGAGAAAUUUUCUCCAUCAAGGAAAGAUGGUAUUACUGAAAACAAGGAAUCAGAAAUUCGGCAUUUAUAUUGUUCAUUUAUCCGGGAUGUUGGCAUCAGGCUGAAGCUACCUCAGAUGACACUAGCAACAGCAGUCAUGCUUUGCCAUCGCUUCUAUUUACACCAGUCCCUUGCCAAAAAUGGAUGGCAGACAGUUGCAACAGUAUGUGUAUUUCUGGCGUCGAAAGUUGAAGAUACUCCUUGUCCCCUGGACCAUGUAGUUAGAGUGGCCUAUGAAACAAUGUAUAGGCGGGACACUGCUGCGGCUCAAAGGAUCCGUCAGAAGGAUGUUUUUGAGAAGCAGAAAGCGCUCAUUUUGAUCGGAGAGAGAUUGCUUCUUACAACUAUUCGAUUUGAUUUCAACAUUCAGCAUCCUUAUAGACCACUUCUUGAUGCCAUGCAAAAUCUUGGCAUCAAUCAAAAAGAAGUGAAACAAGUAGCAUGGAACUUUGUGAAUGACUGGCUUAAAACAACAUUGUGUCUACAGUAUAAACCCCAGUACAUAGCUGCUGGUUCCCUUUAUCUGGCUGCAAAGCUUCACAAUAUCAAGCUUCCCUUGCAUGGAGCGCAUGUUUGGUGGCACCAAUUUGAUGUUGCACCAAAGCCUCUGGAAGCCGUCAUUCAUCAAAUGAUGGAGCUUGCGGCUUUGAAAAAGUUGAUGCCUGCUCGACCCAAUCCGGUUAAGCUGAAGGAAACUUUAUGUGAAGCUAAACUGAGCUUAUCUAAUAGCCCAGACUCUGUGUUGAAUCAAUCAAACUUGUUAAUAAGCAGCUCAAGUCCUGAUAUUGGCGAGCCCAGUGACAAAGUGCAGGUGGAUUCCUGCCAAUACUUGAUAAGCAGUCACAUGGGUGAUUGUAGGGUCUCAGGUCCUGACAGCAGUUCGUUGAAUACUUGUGCUAAUAGAAAUGUCUCUUGUAAAGCACAUGAUGAAGAGAGCUUGGAUCAGGCCUUAAUAAUCAAACAUGACAGUGGGAUGAUGCCUUCUAGUAAUCAGACAUCAUUAUAUGCUACUGUAGGCACUGAGGGCAGUGCUGAACUGAAGCAGGAUGUAAGCCAUUGUAAUGACUUCAAUAUCAGAGUCAAUGACGAAAGCUUGAACCAGGUGUUAAGAAAUCAGCAUGGUGAUGCUAUCCCAUUACCUGACGUGGUAUCGCUGGAUGCCAAGGUGGACAAGGAAAGGAGUUGGUGUGUGGAACCAUUAAUUGCAAACUCUGAUUGCUGUACUGACAGUGUUAAUGUGGAUAGCUUGUGCACUGAUCAGAGAUUGGCUGAUGCUCCUUCAGGCCCCACAGCUGAUGCACCAUCCAUGCUGGCCGAGGAGGAAUCUUAUCCUUUUAGUGCAAAGCUUGAAAAUAUUGAUGUUGCCAGGAUCAAAGGUUUAUUGAUGAAGAGGAAGAGCCGGAGAGAGAUCCAAGACCGAGCCAUUGCUUCAGAUGGUCUAAGUGAAGAAGACUGGAUCGAGAGGGAGCUUGAAUCUGGGAUUGUUACAAACCAAGAAGCCAAUUGUGCUGCCAUCUCAGACGAGCUAAGUGACGAAGCCUGGAUUGAGAGAGAACUCGAGUCAGGGAUUGUGGUCGGACCAAGAAAUGAGCAAGCGAUCACUUUUGAUGGUUUGAGUGAAGAUGAUUGGAUCGAGAGAGAGCUGGAGUCUGGGAUCAUCGUUGAGCCAGCACCUGCUACCAAGAAGCGGAAGCUGGAGUCAAGCUGUUAGCUCUGCAUUCGAAGGCCAGAUUCCAAGCAGGUGAAUAAUAACAGAUGGUUGCGAGUAGGACCACAUCGAAGCCAAGAGAUACAUGUCGCACAGAUGGGAGGAUCAAUAUUAUCCUUUUUUUAUUUCUUUAUAACCAAACACCUUGGAGUACUUUGACACAAGGGGUGUGUUCACAGUGGGAUCUCCCCAGUUUCUUGAAUGCAGAACCGUAUCCGUUGUAUUUGUUCCUUCUUGUCGUGAGUGUAAAUCUAGCGUGUCCGAAGUUCGGUUUUAGAUUGUAGGUGUAACUGUAGCAGGGAUUAUCUGGUGUUAAGCCCAACGAGAAAAUGAUUCAGUGUAACUGUUACUGUAAGGAAAGAAGUUAUUCAGUGUAGAUUUAUGGUUAACACAA